AGAAUUCAAAAUAUUAUACGCCCCGACCUCUGUUGUCCGCUCUCAUGGCGACCGUCGGGUUCCGGUCGCCUCCCGCGCCGCUCUGCACCCGCCGGUCCUUCUCCUCCUCCCGAGUGUCGCCGGCGAGGCAUCUCGCCUUCCGCGUCCGGAGCUCCGCCGUGGAGGAGAGUACCUCCUCACCGCCUCCGACCGACACCCCCGUCGAAAGCCAAAAGCUGUCCGCGUCGCUCAUCUCGGCCGCCAACGUACAGAAGGCGCUUCGAGGCAUCGCAAUUACUGAUGCUGAUCAUUACGGGAGGCUUGGAAUCCCCAGAGAGACACCCUAUGACCAGGUUAAGGUUGCCUAUGAAAAGAAGUGUGAGGAACUGAUGAGCAAAGGCUUGGAUGAAGAGGGAACCAGCAAAGAGUUAGAACUUCUGAAGGAAUCAUAUGUCGUCCUUUCAUCUGAAGAAGAAAGGAGAUUGUAUGAUUGGAGUUUGGCCAGGAGUGAGAAACCAGAUAGAUAUGUCUGGCCUUUCGAGGUCGACAUAACACAAACUCCAACAGAACCUCCUCCACCACAGGAACCUGAAGACGUAGGACCUACACGGCUUGUUGGAUAUUUUUUUCUUGCAUGGUUGAUACUGUCUUUUGCUUUAUCUGUAACCCUCAACAGAUGAGAGAAAUCUUCUGGUAUUGUAUUUAAACAUAAAAUUAAAAAUUAUUUCAAGUUUAAGCAUCUGUUAAUAGUGUGAAAUUUCUCU